CAGCUAACCCUACGAAAACAAACGGGUUGAGCGGCGCCUUGGGUUGGCGUGUCAGUUUUUCAUCCUGUCGUCCUGGGCUGAAAACACCUCGGCUUGGUUAUAUUAAAGUUCAUCUGAAUGUGUAGAGAGAGGGAUAGCUUCUGCUGCUAAAGCAACCUCCCCCCUUACUGGGAACCACAAUGUCCGAAGCGGCUAACGUUACCUCAACAGACAAUAACGGAGAGUCGGGGCUUAACGGGUCCUGGGUAGAGUUGGGGAUGAACAGAAAUCCUCAGGCCCAGUCCUCGUCCACGCCUGGGCCAAGUCUGCUGCCUCUCACUCAGGUGGAGGAAGAGGAGGCCAUAGUGGGGGGGUUGGAGCACGUCCCAUCGUCCUCCUCGAUCCACAACGGAGACAUGGAGAAGAUCCUACUGGACGCCCAACACGAGUCGAGCCGCAGCAACUCUUCUUGUGACAGCCCCCCAAGGCCCCACUCCCCCCAGGAGGAGGGACAGAUCAUAUUCGACGUGGACAUGACCAGCAGAAGAGACAGUCAGUCUGAAGAGGAUGUCUUGGACAAAGACAGGGACAGGGACAGGGACAUGGACAUCCUGAUGAAGGACGCAGACUGGGUUGCCGACUGGUCCAGUCGACCGGAAAACAUUCCCCCCAAGGAGUUUCAUUUCCGCCACCCUCGCCGCUCAGUGACACUCAGUAUGAGGAAGACCGGGGCCAUGAAGAAAGGAGGGAUCUUUUCUGCCGAAUUUCUCAAAGUCUUCAUCCCCUCACUGCUGCUAUCGCACAUCCUCGCUCUGGGUCUGGGGGUCUACAUUGGAAAGAGGUUGACCACGCCGCCGGCCAGCUCCUUCUGAACUUGAAGAAAAGUGCCUGAGAAGUUGCCACGAGCCGUUUAUGGAGGAAGUUUUGCUGUUGUGAGAAGAUUGCCCGUCUCCCAUCCCUCUUACUUUCCUGCCUGCCUCCCCUCCCCUCCCCUCCCCUUCUCUUCCACUCUGAGACAUGACUUUGCUUUUUGUUUUUUUUAACGCCGUCUUUGCCAUAUUUCCUCCCUGAAUUUUAGCUUCCCUCUAGCUGUUUGUAGUCUUCACUCAUUGGAGCGUUUAAAGACUGAUCUAAGGUCAUGUCCCCCCCUAUUAAUAGGUCUAUAAGUUUAUAAAGGGUGGGUUUACUAGGAGGGUUGCAGCAUUAACUAAACUCCUGUUUCUCCACAUGUGAAUAUUUCAAAACGGAGACUGACCAGAGAUUGUGCCACAUGCGUGAAUUUGCCCAGCGCUCAAUCACGACCAAAUUUAGACUGAAAAGCACACUGAAAGUGUGAUCAUGCCUUUUUUCUUUUAUAUAUAUAUAUUUUUUUCCUGAAAGUGGCCAUUUUGUUUCUUCUUUAGCUAAUAUUGCCUAUUUUAUUUAUUUUGGAACCAGUAGUUGUUUAUAAAAAGGUUUUGACAGCAGCCAAUUCAAACGUGACCUUUUCAUUCGGACCAGUUCUGAAAGAAGAAGCAGGAAGAUUUGGCGCCUGGGAAGCGAAGCGCGUGCUGCUCUGACACGAACUGGAAACCGGUCUGGGUCGCUUAUCUGUCCAACUCUUGACGUUCAGUCUUGCUCAACUUUUUUAAUUGACUUUCUCCUGAAAGAUUUUCAGUAAGAAAAAAUGUAACCAAGAAAUUAACUUUUCUAUUAGGAGUUUCCUCUAUGAUAUAUGUAUUGUUUUAGAGAUGCUUUUGUUUAAGGAAAGCUCCACUCCUGCACUCCAGUGUGUGUCAUAAACAGUGAAAUACUCCAUGAACCUGCAGAUGAAGAAUGUGACUGUGCAAACGUGAAAAAGCACAAAGUGAUGGUGCCGGCAUUAUGCUUCGACAGAAACGCAGCAGCAGGUAGGCAGGCUUCAAUAACCUGAAGCUCAGCCCCAAACUGUAGAGCUUCAAUAGU